AUGUCACCUAUCAAAGUCGGCGUUGUCGGCUAUGGCAACUCCGGCCAAACCUUCCAUCUACCUUUCAUCACGGCGAUACCGGACUUUCAACUCGUAGCUAUCUUGCAACGCGCUGAAGCCCCAGCAGAUCCAUCAUCUGCACCAAAAGGAUCUCACUGCACGGUCGACUUUCCCAACAUCAAGCACUAUCGUGAAGCCGACGAGUUCUUCGCCGACUCUGAGAUCCAGUUUGUUGUGGUUGUUACGCAUCAUGAUACGCAUGGGAAAUUUGCUGAGCAGGCGCUCCGCGCUGGAAAGCACGUGAUCGUGGAUAAGCCUUUUACUAUGACCUCCGAGGAAGCAGAUAAGGUGAUCAAGGUUGCUGAGGAAAAGGGCCUUAUCGUCACUUGUUUCCAGAACCGACGAUGGGACGCCGAUUUCAGAACACUCAGCCAUCUAAUCGAAAAGGGCGCACUGGGUGAUAUCAAGGAGGCCGAACUACAUUAUGACUUCGAGUCGCCAUCAUGGAUGUCCAGUAUGGGAAAGAAGUUUACUCCAGGCUCUGGCAUGUCCUACGGUCUCGGCACACACAGUCUAGACCAAGCUCUCGUCCUCUUCGGCCGACCAAAGUCUGUGACCGGUUUCUUCCGUGUACAGCGCGAUGCCGAGAGUGAAGUUGAGGACUCUUUCACGAUCAUCCUCCAGUACGACGGCGCGCAGAAGGAUCUCCUCGUCACGGUCAAGACAGCGGUUGUCACGCCCAUGGAUCAACAGCUCAAACAGCUUGUUCGCGGAACAAAGGGCUCAUUCAUCAAGUUCCAACAACGCAGCACCUGUAUAACAGAAGACCACAUUGCCGCAGGUCUCAAACCCACCGACGAAGGGUUUGGCGUCGAAUAUGAGAGCAUGCGAGGUGUUCUGAGCACAUACGAAGAGUUCGACAGUAAAGUGCAGGACUGGGAUGAAGCUUCAAGAAAGUAUGUUGGUCGCUACCCGACUCUUCCUAGUCGAUGGAUGGGGCUUUAUGAGAAUGUUGCCGAUGCUAUCAAUGGGAAGGCUGAGUUGAUUGUCAAACCUACGCAGUCGCGCGAUGUGCUGAGGGUGAUUGAGCUGGCGAGGGAGUCCCAUGAGAAGGGUGCUACUGUUCCAUGGUCAUGA